AUGAUCAUAUACAGCGAUCGGCAGAGAGGGUCUGAUUCGAUCGGCGAAGUCUGUCGAUUCGAGUUCACUUCACUCAACCCCUCACCCAGCAAUGCUACAGUUACCUCUCAAACUACUGGAUCUUUCUCUUUCUCGGGCACUCGACAUGACCGUCUCGGUGCUUGGUUCCUUGGACCCAAGGCUGAAAAUAUUGGUUUUCUUAAACAAUUCUUGAACUCCGUUGCAGACCAAACUGAGCAUGCUCGCUUGGCGUACCAACCUGAAGACCCAAAAUUUAUCGGCAAAGAAAUGCAAGCUUCGGCUGUGUUUCAAAAGGAAAUGUCUGAGCUCGACGUCGCACUGAAGGAACUAGUGGGCGCACUGUCCGAGCACUCGAUCCCAUUUUGGUCACCUCGGUACAAUGCACACAUGAACGGAGAUACGUCCCUUCCCGGAUUACUGGGCUAUCUUGCAGCCGCCCUAUUCAAUCCGAACAACGUUUGCACCGAAUCCAAUGUGGGCUACAACAUUUCGAAUACCGAAAGCUCCAAGCCUUGGGGGCACAUUUUGUGGUGGCUCUGUGGCCAACCUCGAAUCAAUGUGGGCGGCACGCAAUAUGAAAUUCUACCACUUUCACUCGCAUGCGCCAUGGAGCCUGCCGAGACAGUAUUUGAUAUUCCAGAGAGGUUACAGAGCGAAUACGCCAUCUCAGCUGGAGCAUUGAGCACUGCUCUGAAUCCAUAUUUGAUCCAAACUUGCGGCAAGGACGGUGCAGCUGUGACCGGUAUCGGCUCUGAGCACAUCAUUGACGUUCCGGUCGACAUCGACGCACGCAUGUCUAUCCCAAGCUCGACGAGCAGCUCCACCAGUGCCUCAUCACCCGCACCCCAGUAUACGCCGUCGUCGCCAUCAUGGGCUCCACCGAGCACGGCGCAGUCGACCCCAUCAAAGGCGCCCUCGGUCUCUCCUUUGCCGUCCACGCAGACGCAGCAUGGGGAGGGUACUAUGCCUCGUUCCUUCACGAGCCCGACGUCCCUCAGCAACGGAUCGAUUGUGCCCGAGCAAGCUCUCAGCGACUACACCCGGUCUCAGCUCGAGUAUGCGGUUCGCCGACUCGAUCACCAUCGACCCGCACAAGUCUGGCUACAUCCCGUACCCGGCCGGUGGCCUGUGCUACCGGGACGGGCGGAUGCGGUACCUUGUGACGUGGACGAACCCGAACGUGUACAAGGACUCGGACGGGACGGAGAGCAUGGGAGUGUACGGGAUCGAAGGAAGCAAGCCGGGUGCGAGCGCUGUGGGUGCGUGGCUGUCGCAUCGGAUGAUCGGACUGCAAGCACGGGUACGGGUCGCUGCUUGGAGAGUCGCUGUUCAGCUGCACCAAGAUCUACACGCACUGGGCGACGAUGGACCAUGGACGACUCGUCGCUGAUCGUGUGCCGCUCAAGGCGAUCCCUGCUGAGCGCCAGCAGCUGGGACAGGACGCGAUCCGGAAGCAGCGAGAGUACAUCCGGACACGAUCGUGAACCGACCGAACGAGGAGCUGGUGCAAGACGCCAAGGCGAUGUCGCUGCUGCACGAGAUGGUGUCGGACCUGCGAUCAACGCGUUCGCAUGCAACUUCCGGCUUCCGAACGGCGAGGUGAACUCGGACGUGGUGGAGGCGAACUACCUGAACACUCGGAUCUACGAGCGACUGAGCGUGACGAAGCCAGAUGGACCAGAAGACGUACGGGGUGUGCGCGGAGGUGUUCAAGUCGCGGCUGGGAGUGGUCGGGAGCAGGACCUGGACAUACUUGUGAACGUGAUGAGUCCGUUCCCGACUGUGGCGAACUUUACGAAGAGCGUGACGGAUGCGUUCAAGCGGAUCGCGCACGAGGAGAUCAAGCAGACUACAACUGAUGUGUCGUGCGAUGUGCCGUUGGAUGUGAUGGAGAGGUACCGGGAAGCGAAGGCUGAAGACCCGUCUGCAGUGUUCAUGCUUUCGACAGCCUCUCCCGUGGAGUUGACGAGUAUCUUGGCUGGUUCGUUCAAGGGAGUACUGCAGAAACGCUUGGCAGCUGGAAUAGAGCUUACGUUAGUUCAGCUCGACCUUCGAGGUUUCAAACAUCCAGGUGGUCAAGACAAGCGACUGGAUUCCAAGUAUCUCGACCUCUCCUACUCCGACGAGAUGUACUUCUAUCUUACGGUGUCGCUUGACCUGACCGAAGGUCGAUCUCGGAAGACGACCUCGCUCGUGUCCUUCCCCCUCACACCCCGCAUUCUUUACCCUGACUCUCAGCAAAAAAUCACCGUGUUCAGAGACCCACAUGCCCCAGGAAAUACGGACCAGGACUUACCCAGGCACGCUUCCACCUCGCCAAUCGCAAGCGGGAAAAUUCGCUUCGGGACAAUGGUGCACACAGAUUCUGUGGACCUGAAUGCAAACCCAUUGCCAAAAGGUGUCGAGAGACCAAAGAGCAGGGAUAGACCCCAUGCCCCAGGGAAAUACGGACCAGGACUUACCCAGGCAUACGCUUCCACCUCGCCAAUCGCAAGCGGGAAAAUUCGCUUCGGGACAAUGGUGCACACAGAUUCUGUGGACCUGAAUGCAAACCCAUUGCCAAAAGGUGUCGAGAGACCAAAGAGCAGGGAUGUGAGCAAAAUGACACUCGCCGAACGACUCGAUGCUGCUCGUGCCAGCAUGGCUCCUCUCGAGCCCUCUGCCGAGAAGAGGGCCAGAAUACCAAAGCGACGAGUCGUUGAGCUCGAAUCUAGCACUCUCAAACCCGGUUACAAGGUUGGUUCGAGCCUAGCGAUGUUUAUGAUUGUGACCCUCUUUGUGCUGGCCGCCUUCACACUUUGCCGCCGGUUCUAG